CGCGUCGUCUCAGACGCUCCAUGGUAACGGAGCAGGAGACGAGAGAAGAGGCGAAGUCAGAGAAGGUGGAAUAACACGGUGUUGUACGUUGCGUUUAUUCGCAUAUAUAUUUCUUUUUUUUUUAAUUUAUACUUGUAAAAACAGACCUUCCACAAAGCAGCCAUGAGAACUCUGGAAGCUAGUAAAAGCAAACAAGAGCUGAAGACCGAGGGGUUUACUGUCAAGUCGACAAUGAAGAACUCCGUCGUUGUUGGACCACCACCUGCAGGAGCAUUUCGAGAGAGACCAGCAAAGCCAACGGUUUUUCGAAAAUUUUAUGAGCGAGGGGAUUUUCCCAUUGCCCUGGAGCAUGAUACCAAAGGGAACAAAAUUGCCUGGAAGGUUGAAAUAGAGAAACUGGACUAUCAUCAUUAUCUUCCACUGUUCUUUGAUGGUCUCUGUGAGACAACACAUCCUUAUGAAUUUUUUGCACGCCAAGGAGUUCAUGACAUGCUUGAGCAUGGUGGUGCUAAAAUUUUACCUGUCCUUCCUCAGCUGAUUGUCCCCAUUAAAAAUGCUCUCAACACACGAAACAGGCAAGUGAUUUGCACCACCCUGAAAGUCCUUCAGCACUUGGUGGUUUCUGCCGACAUGAUUGGAGACGCCCUGGUUCCCUAUUACAGGCAGAUCUUGCCUAUUCUGAACAUAUUUAAAAACAUGAACAUCAACUCUGGAGAUGGCAUUGACUAUAGUCAGCAGAAGCGGGAGAAUAUCGGGGACCUCAUCCAGGAGACACUGGAGGUCUUUGAGCGCUAUGGAGGAGAGAACGCCUUCAUCAAUAUCAAAUACAUGGUUCCAACAUAUGAGUCUUGUAUGCUAAAUUGAACAGAAGCGUAAAAAGACAGUGCUGCAUUUGCUAUUGUAUAUCUGGUAAAAACAGGAUUGUUGUUCACUUUUGUACUCUGAAACUCCUCCUCCCUUUAAAGGCUGUCUUUUUUGGGAUACAUUUGUUGUUUUUUUUUAUUUCCUGUCAUUAUUUGUAUGUUUAUUAAUAUUACUUUUUUGGCAUGAGGGUGAAUGGAAAGGAGAUAAAUAAGCCAUCUUAAUCUGUAAAAUACAAUUUUUAAGCAGAAGGAAAAAAAAGGUUGUUUUAGAAGCAGGGCUCAUGCAUUUUUAACUGAAAUCAAAAUAUGAGAGUAGAAUAAAUCUUCCAAUUAUUAUGUGCAUUGAAGAGAGGAUCCCUCUGAAUCCAACUCGAUCAUUGUAUUUUCAAAUUAGUAACCUAAAAGCUGUUUGUUUGACUGUGCAUGUGUGUGUAAUACAUUUCUUUUGUCUGAUCACUACCUGCAUCUUAUUAUCUACUAGCAUGACAACAUCUUCAUUCACAAUUUAAAAUAACUUGCGUACAUGUCUUAUUGAGUAUCUGAAGAAUACCUUGGUUAAAAAUAAAUUAGCAUGUUCCAACAUACACAUAUUUAAGCUUUCUUUAUAAUCAAAUAAACUAACAGAAUGCUUCCACUGACGGGAAGGUACAUUUUUGCUGUCCUCACUAGUAGUAUUGCUUUCUGGAAAGUUCUUUAGAAAGAUUUCAAAUGAAAACCACUUAAAAUAUAAAGAAUAAUACCCCUGUGUAUCAAUCUCAUUAUAUCCAAAUUUGUCCUUAAAAAUGGAAAAAGUUGUCCUUAACUUGAAAUUUGUUAAAUAAAACUGUUCCACCAGCUGUUUGUAUAUAACUUUAAUUUUACUCAACACCCUUAAGCAGUACUAAGUAACUGUAAACAGUGUAAUUUCUUAAAAACAAUUACAUGACGGUUUAAUUCAUUUAUAGAAACAGACCUGAAGCUUGUUUGGGCCUGGCUUUGACCUUGCAUCUGAUGCUGCUGUUGUAGACCCCAGUCUCUUGCAGCACUUUAAUUAGAUUAAGCAAGUUCAUAAAAUGGGAUCAAUUUUAAAGUACUAUUUGCUCACAUCCUGUAAUGACAUGGAAAAAUAUGCCAUUUUUGUCAUAUCUUAAUGGUAAAUUUAAAACUAUGACAUAAUUUAAAACAUGUAACUUUUGAAAUUGAAUCUAAGAAUAUUCAAAUGCUGAGUCUCAUUUGUGCUUAUUAAUAGUCAAAAUGUAAAAUUUAAUUACUUUUUUUUUUACUAUAUAUAUAUAUAUAUAUAUAUAAUAGAUGAUACUGAUGGUCAGAGGCCACUUAUGUGUCUCCUUUAAUAGUAAGGUCUGGCUGGAGAUUUUAUUCUGCACAUGUAUGAAGAUCUCCAAGGAUGACUAUGUAUGAAAGACUUGGAGAACAAAAAUGACACAAAAAACAGCGUGUGACCUUGCUUUCCUUUAAUCCAUUUUAAGUUAGGUUUUUUAUUUUUAACUCUAAAUGACAGCUGUUAGGUUUUUUUAUAUUUAACUGUAAAUGACAUUUGUAAAUGACAGCUAACUGUUAAAUACAUGUUUUCUACCUGAUGGGCAGAAGGAAAGCUAUAAACACAUUUAAUAUUGUUGUUUUGGUUGACUGUAAUAAAUUGCUCUUGGCUGUUUUGUGCGAACUGCAUAAAAUUUAAACAUACUUACUUGUUGGAUAAAUAAUGCUGUCAGUUAGAAUGGCUCAUGUGGGAUGUAGAGACAAUAUCUGCACAUGGCAGAGUGCAGAUGAGCAGCCAAGGCCACUGGAGAGGACAUCACACUAUUUUGUCAUUUGAUGUUUGUGUUUGUUUUUUUUUAAAUAGCAUCCCUUCGUGCUUUUGUGUUUAUUUUACCUGAUUUUAAAUGAGGUACAAAUGAUCUGCAAAUUUUUACUAUUUUAACUGGAAGAUUCUAGUCAUAUUCAUGUGAUUAUAUGAGGUAGUAAUUGAGGGUAAAAUCCAGCUUGGCCUUUAAGUGAACUUUUGAAGGGCUGAAUAUACUUUAUUGUUUAAUAAUUAAGGAUGGAGUAGUGAGGUUUUAAUUGAAAUGUGGAUGUAGAUAAAUAUAGCCAAAGGAGCUGAUAUGGAUGUCAUAUGUGUAAAUAUCACAUAAAUAUAAAUACAGUAAGGGUGAGUGUCUUUUUUAGUACCAAAGGAAAAAAAAAACAGAAAGCUCACCCUUACUGCCCUCUCCCACUCAACUUCACCCACUUGGGCCUAGCUUCAGCUCCAUGUAUCAGCUAAAGAGGCCUACAACAUGUUCACUUCCUUGUCACAUUCAAGGGGUUCUCCCUCCCUUCUCAUGUUCUACCUCAUUUCUUUCUCUUUCAUUCUCUUUCUCCCUGGACUCCUUCUUCCUGCCAGGAAGCCUUCACCUUAAAUUAUCCUUCCAUCUUAAGACUCAACACACACAGCUUUGCCUUCAGGCAGAUUUAAAGUCAAUCCCACAGUUAGUCCUAGGCACAAAGGCAGACUGUAAUUUGGCUUCAGAAACGCCAGGCUAGAACUCUUCUCUGAUGGCUGUCACUAUCUUUAAACCCCUUUACCCUACUUAGUACUUACUGCUGACUUCUUUCCCCUUUAGACAGCAGAGUUCUCCCUGUGCCAUCAUUCAGAAGUCUGCAGCCUCUCCUCAUCCUGAAGGAACUGAACCGAUCUCCUGCUCUGCAUAUGUUAGAGCCAAGGAGGAGGCCAAAACCUUGAAAUCCUUCCCAAGCACUAGCACUACAAAUUAAUAUUUAUGUAUUUAUUUAGCAAUAAAUAAUUAAUCAACAACUAUUAUGAAUGAAAAACAAAUAAACUAAGGACCAAGCAGCAAAGUAACAGUAAAUCAUUUGAUCAAAAAAUAUAAUGAGAUAGUAAAGAAAGCAAACUAACCAAAGGACUAAAUUAUCCAAAAGAAAUUCUUAAAUUAGCACAACAAAAAAGCAUAACCUCAAAGCAUAUUUCUUCACAUAAGACAGAAGGCAGAACCAGAAAAAACUAAAUCCAAUACCUAAUUAUUUCAUAAUCCAUACCCAAAGACAGAAAAAUCACAAAACCAAAGGGGCAGCUGAAUAACAAUAACCACUCAAUCCAGCAAAAGUCCAAACCAGAAGUACCUAAUAAACUAAGCAUUAAUAAGAAAGAACCUGUGGAGUGUUUCUUUUCUUAAAUGUGGCCAAAGGCAAAUGCCAUUACAUCAAGGGCUUUAUAUCCCCAGCAAUGGCAAUAACUAAGGGCCAUAGACCAACUAAUGCCACCUCCACCCUUUUUUUGGUUCAGACGUAAAUUGAAAGUAAUUAGCAAGAAUGGGUAAUGGGAACAGGGAUAAAGCUUCAGUGAGAAUGUAACAUCUGCCAGUCCUCCACAAUCUUAACCUCUUGGUUUAAAGUGCAGGCGACUUUAUGCACUCUAGGGCUAUGAAUAGGUAAUUUCCACCUUCCUUCCAAGAUUCUACUCUUUGGCUGUCCUACUUUUAUGCUUCUGGAGGUUACACGUUUGGGGGGCAUCACACAGUCACACGCCAUACUGUCUGUUGCACCCUUGUGACUCCUGUAUUCCUAUUUUACCAGUAUCAUAAUUCUGUUUUUCCUUUACUGAGGUUUUCAGCAGGACUUGUGCUUUGUGUCAUUUUGGUGGUACUCUUGACAGUUAAGCACACUAUCUUAAUUCCAGUGUUUAUUUAUCCAAACAAAUUGAAUAUACACGUUACAGAAAAGGAAACCAGGGCACUAUGAAAAGUUAUAAAAUUGUAGCUAUAUUUAAUAGUAAUAUUAAGCGGGAAGCUUUAUUAGAUGUUUACAAAUUUGGAAAUGUAUGAGUUGUGAUCCCUUCCCAUUCAUUCAAGGUAUUUCUUCUGGGUGCAAUCUUAUGCUAUGUCAUUGCAGGCCCAUUCCACGUGGGCUGUUUGCAGAGGGAUUGUAAUUCCAGAUAAAGAAUAUAAUUAGGGAAAGAUGUGGUGAACUUGCAGUCCAUGUAAUGAUGUCAGUGGUCUUGAAGAGACAAUAUUGUGAUGUUGGUGGUAUAUAAAUGACAUUUACCCUAAUGGGACAUCAGCAUUUAUCAAAAAAGAGUUUGUCCUUACUUGCUUGCCACUUUUUGCUGCACAUUUGUACAAGUGUUAACCAAUGCUACCCAAACAUUUGAUACAAAGAGGUGAGUGAUUCCCUUAUAUACAGUCAGACCCUCAUUCACAGUGAGAACAUUUUCACAAAUGAGAGGUUCACAUACUUCAUCCCCAGCCUUGAUAUGAUUGUGAUGGCCAUAGCAGAAGUCUGAAUGUGGGCACAGUGCCUGACCAGUUUAGCAUUUUAUGAGGUCCAGUCUUUGCUUUUUAACAUCACCUAUGCUUCUCACCAAAUGUUGUGCAACUUUGUGAAAUGACAUUCUGCUGUAUCGUAUGCCAACUGUCCUAAAUUAGUCUAGGAGUUCAAUAAACAUAACAUUAAGUUCUUAACAUUAAAUUCAUUUAAAAAAAAUGUUUCCUCUUACUUGUAAUGUGCUUGUCAACUUGCUUAAAAUCUGAUGACCUUCUGUGGUUUUGAUUUCCAUUUCCAAUACUCCGAGGACAGAUGAUAGUCAAAAUGCAAUCUGUAGAUUAGUAAGGUAGCUGAAAGGCAAAAACAUUGAAACGUUCUAUUGUUGUAUGUAAAGAAAAUUUUUUUAAGUAUAUGAGCUGAGAAGUGAGUAAUGCUGGGUACAACCCAUGGCGUUUGUACUCUCUCCCCCACAGUGAAGGGGUGAAGACAUCUCCACAUAGUGCAUAUUUAUCUUUUAAAUAUUGAACUCCUUUUUUUAAGUAGAACUGUUCAAUUAUGUGUAUUUUUCUUAUAUUUUUGAAUCCAUAAAUCAAAAAAGGUAUGCUUGUCAAAUUUCAGUUUACAUUCACACUAUUAGAGAAUUGUGCUGCCAUAUUAGUUUAAACAGAAGCCUGAUUAACAACACCCUGAGACCUGAACAGGAGGGAUGAUGGCUAGGAGUGAUGGGACUGGUUGGCAUUCCCUGACAUUAAAUAAGAAUGGAUGUAUAUAUAUAGUGGAAAAGAAAGGGGCCUUGUUUAGAACUGCAAUUAAACACUCCAACAACAGUGUCUAGAAAAAAAAAUGUCAUGGCAAAAAGAAACAUUACACUACAUAGAACUUCUUAAUACAAUGCACACGGCAAGACACUCCUCUAUCUCUCUGCCAGUGUAAUGGCUAGUUUCUGGACUCACCCAAAAUUGUUUGCUGCCCUCAAAUCUUAAAGGUAUCGGAGAGGAAAUAUUUAUGAAAACAUACUCAAAUGUGAACUUAAAAUUUAAUCAUAAAUAUAUCAGAAAGACUUCUUGCUCUGGAAACAAUAUCAGGAAGUGUUUUCAUGCCUUUAUUCCAAGGGUGCACAGCCCCUGUGCUUCCCUACUGUUGCUUCAGUUUUUCCUUUGCUUCCCAUUCCCUAAUCUAAUUAUAUUCAGUGCAUGUCUCGUUGUAAAAUGUAUAGUUGUUAAUAUACAAAUAUAUAUUCUUAAUAGAAAAAAAGCUAAUAUUAAAGCCUGGCAUCGCACACACUCGGGCAACAACAUGCCUGAGCAUGCCGAGUGCUGGUGGGCCUGCUACGUCUCUGUAUGAUCUGAUCAAAUGCCAGCUUAACAAAAUCACCACUUAUGUAUGAAAGAGUCCAGACGAAAACGUCAAGAGAUCAAGGUGAGCUAGCACAAGCUGUGAUUAGCCUCCUCCAAAUGAUACUGUAUAUUCAAACGGUGUUUAAACAGGCAGACACUGCAGUCCCACACUUCUAAAGCAUUAAAGAGAUGAGUCACCUGAAUUUUGAGAAGAGUCUUUUGACGUGUGUCAUCAUGAACUAGGCAAAGCUUGGAUGUUCACUGAUAUGUUGUCGCAUUGAGCAUGCUGAGGAGCAAACCAGUCUAUGGUUUGUUUAGUUCAAAUUUCUCAGUCAAUCCGUUUCAAACUUACUGUCAGAUUUAAUAUUUGCUUAGAUAUGAAAAAUCCAAUUCAGUUUAAUUUACUCUUAUUGAAUGGAAUUGAAAAUAAAUGAUUUUGCUUUUCAACUACAACAUGUAAAAUGACUUAGCGUUUCUGCUACAUUGAAAAGCACUUAUUGACAAGUACAUUUUAACAAAGGAACAAAAUGAAGCAUUAGACAAUGGAAUUGUUAAUGGUGGAAGUUAUAGAUAGAGAGGUUAUAUUUUCAUGUGUGGAUAUGCAGUAUACAGUAUAUACACACAUACAACAUUAUAGAUACUAUAUAUAUUUAUACACUCAUGUUACAUAUAUUUUUUUACAAAAGCCGUUAAAUUAAGUAUUUGUGUCCACCUACUGGCAUGCAGGUAGGCAACAUGACUGCUAUAGAUGUAGAAUUAUGGAAGAACUGGCUUGUUUCACUUAAGUUGUAAAUUGUUGUUUUUUUGAGUCAUUUUAAUUCUGGAUUAAAAGAAUUCCCCCAACGUG